CUAGGAGGCGCUGUUGGAGCCCGGAAGAGUUGAGCAUGGUGAUGAAGACGAUCGAACCGAGAUUGAGGAGAGAGACGUGAGUCUCACCGAUAAAGCCUCCAGUUUGUGUUUCCCUGCGACAUCUGUCCGUGUCUGACAGUCCCUGCUGGAAGACAGGAGGGCGAUAUUAGUGUUUCUCCACUGAGUAGCUCGGCCACGAGGCUACAUGGUGUGUGUGUCCUACUCAGAGUGUGGAUGUGCGGGUGUCCAGAGAUGGAAAGCUAUGAGGAGUUCUGUCUGCGGAGUCUGGCAUUAUUGCAGGAGGAGGGGAAAUUCAAGAAGACUACAUGCGAGCCAUCAUGUUCCCUGAAGGCUCGCUCUGUCAUCCACUUCUAUGGAAGAGCUGCGCUUUCACCUCUGCUGAAUGCAGAGCAGUGGAACGAGAUGUGUGGCUACAGACAGAAGGCGGUCCAACUGGAAGUGGACAGACAGAACCAGCAGAGGAACAAGCUUUUGGCCAGGAUUCAGGGCAUACUGGAUCAGGCUCAGGUACUUAAAGUACCAGAUGAAGAGGUUGACAAGUUGCCAGUUUCUAAAUCUGCAACAGUCAACGGCUACACUCUGGUCACUGACUCACCUGGGCUCCCCAUAGAUUCUGCAUUUGGGGUUCAGACAAAUAGUCAUCGUGCUGCUCCAUGCUCUGAGAUUCCUGUGCUUAAUGAUUAUAAGGCAGUGGAGGAAGUGAAGGUGGAUGCCCAAGAGAAGAGUGAGGAGGAGGAAGAAGAGGAUGAGGAAGAGGACAUUAGUUUGGACAGCCUUCUUAAGAGAUCAAGGGAGUAUGUGAAGAAAGAGCAGAGUCAGCAGGGAUCAAAAGCUGUCCGCGCAAUGACCCAGUCUCCCCCACCUGAGACUGACUCUGUCAGUGAAGAGAAGAGCUGCAGCCCUGUGACGGACACAGGCAUUCAGUUUGGAUUCAGUCUGCACCACAGCCCUGUCGGCCCGCCUCAAAUCCAGCAUCAAGUGCUGCGUGACCCUAGUCCUCAAAAGUCCAUCUGCCUCUCACCUAGUCUACCAGAACCAUUUUCUUGUCUCCCCAAUCCAGAGACCAGCAUAAGUCCUCGUCCACAGAGACGCAAACCACGCCCAGUUUCCACAGGCAACAUCCAUUUUUCAUUUCCCAUCGGCCCAGCAGACCUUAUCGCUCGAAGCCCAGGACGGUCAGAGGAAGCCAUUGGUGUGGCAGACUGGGGAGAUGCUUCAACGUCUCCAUCUCACUGGAGCUCAGUGGGAAUAGAGGGCGUCAGCCAGAGUGGCAUUCGUCGAUCCAGCCACUGUGGAACCAGUCCAGUGAAGGAGAACUGUAACCCUGUCAGUGCCUCGGUGCCCAGCUCAAUGGGUGAUCACCUGGCUGCAGGUUUUCGCCGGCGCUGCCACACUAUGGACAGCCAGCUGCAUACCUACCAUUCUGGAGCGGAGCGCAUAGACCGCAGCCAGGAACGCCUCCCUCGCUUCAUGGCAGGAGUUACACUGUUUGCUCCCAGUCGGCGCACACCUGCAGCCCCUUUAAACCAGUCGUAUGAUGUAGAGAAUCCUUCACUGCCUCUGCUGAGGCCCUGUGUGACUCCUGCAGACGAAUCUCCGGGGCCAAACAAUGGCAGGAAAACACCGACUGUCCUCAGACAUGCAGCUGAAGCACAGGCCCGCAAGACAGAUGAGAACCAGUGGCGAGCGCAGGCUCUGGAGGACAUGCAAAGACGUCUUGAGAAGGAGCAUGCUUUGCAGAUGUCUCUGCUCCUCGCUGAGCAGGAGAAAGAGCAACAGCGCCUCCUCCUGGAGCUUGAGGAGACAGAGAGAAGGCUGAAGGAGCAGGGGUCUGUGCGUCCUCUAAGUGCAGAUGCUUGUGGCUGGAAUCGUAGGUCUGUGAACGACUGCCAUCCUAUCAUGAGCCCCUCGUGCCCGGGACUAAGUCCUGUUCACACACCAUCAGAACGAUCACCUGGACACAGUAUAGGUUUGCCCAGUCCUGUCCCUUCUAGUGCAUCCUCUCCAUGUCUUCAGCCUCCUCUUUAUCUGUGGGGUUCCAUGUGGGGGGCUAACAAACCUCGGGCCAGGCAAAGUCUGGUUCUGACAGCUGAUCAGCAGAAAGCAUUUUGCAGAAUUGGUGCUAUCACUCGCGGCUUCCUCACACGCAGACUGCUUAAAACGGAGAAAGUCAAACACCUCCGCCAAACCAUCAUGGAUACGCAGGAGUUCAUCCGUUCAUUUCAAACUGAAGCUCUACAGAAGAGAAGCACCUACACAGCACAAGAUCUCGCCCUGCAGGAGAGAGUUAGAGCCCAGUUACGUGCAGCCCUGUAUGACAUCCAUGACAUCUUCUUUGAAAUGCCUUUGGAGGAUCGCUUAGCAUUACUGCAGCAGGACAGAGAGCUCCGUGUGGAGAGGAAGCUACGAGACAUGGAGAAAGCCAAGUGUCCCAAAGAGAGAGUGGCUCUUUCUGCUGCCACACAGAGGUCUCUGGACAGGAAAAAGAAGGUUGGUGAAUCUCCAGCACAGACUAGGAAGAUGCAGCAGAAGCCAAAAAGCCCCACUACCAACAGAGUCUUGAAGCCAAGCCAAGGACAAAAUGCCUCUGUCCCAGGACAGUUUAACCGUCAGGGGAGCUGGUACAGAAAGACCCCAGAGGAGAGGGUGAAGCGCACAGAGAACCUGAAGAAGCAACACUCGCUGGGCUAAAGCAUGACACAACAUGCCCCGACCUGUGAACUUGAAUAUUUAGUAUUUUAAUACAAACCUUGUACCACUGAACUUUAGUCAGCGCUGCUAACCACAUGAUUGUCCUUCAGUUAGCUUUGGAAAUUCACAUGAAUGUAUUCACACACAAAAACAGCUGAUUGUUAUGAUGAAGGAAAGAAUAAGUAGCUGUAGUUAAAUGUAAGCCACAAGAAGCUCAAUUGACAACAUGUAAAAACAUUUCUGUGCCUAAGUACUCUGCCUUUGUUGUCUGUCAUGUUUUAGCAUGCAUAUAUUUAAUAUCAAGUGCUUAUAGCUGUAAGUUGCACACAGACAGUCACAUAAUGUAGUUGUUCUGAAAAUACAAUAUUUUAAUGUAUAUGAUUUAUUCCUUCAAGGGCUUUAAUUACCAGUUCGUGCAUUGUUUUGUUCUUUAUGCUAAGUGUACUAUAAAAUGUAUAGUACUCUGAGUCUGACUCUGAGUCGUAUCAGGGUGUUUUAGUAUUUGGUUUAAAUGCCUAAUGAAACGGAAAAAAGAUAAAUAUCUGUGUUUACACUCUGGCAUGCUGUUACAUUAAUGUAGCUUCACACGACCACAGAUGCACAGCCGGCAUUCAGUGUGGACUUUGUUUCAGAAAUGACUGAAGAAAAAUAAAUUUACAAGACCAAGAAACAAUAUAAGACAUUUUAAUGAAAUAGUAUUUCUGAAAUAUUGUGUGAACUGAUGCGUUCACUGCAGCACCACGCUGACUUCAUAUUUGUGCACUUGUAGCAUUCAGCAUUGAUGUUUUUCUCCCACAUUGCUGUUUGUGUCUU